AUGGCACCACUGAAGGUGAUAAAAUCGAGGACAUUUUCCGGCUAUUUUGCCGAUCGCUACGGGGCCAAGAGGCUUUUGAUAGCUGCUGCGUUGAAUCACAUCCUCGUCAGCUCGGUCUCGCCAUCUCUUGCUCAGGCCAAUUUUUGGGCUUUUUUCGCGGCUCGGCUUUUAAUGGGAAUCUCGGAAGGUUUCGCCGUCCCCUGCACAAAUUCCUUGGCCGCCAGAUGGUUUCCGCCGGCCGAGAAAUCGACGGCAGCCGCUUUGUAUACAUCCGGGUUUCAGCGGCUUUUCGUCGUUGGUUUCCGCUUUUCUAUGUACAAGCGUGGCCGGGUGGCCUUCGAUCUUUUAUACAUUUGGAGUCGUCGGUCUGCUCUUCGUGCUCACCUUUUCCGUAUUUAUGUCGAAUUCUCCGGAGGAGAACAAAUUCAU